AAAACGAUAAGAAUCAAGUUUAUCUAAAGUUGAAAAUUUUAACACGAUUGGAAUCCGAUGAAAGAUUUGCAGGCAAUGGAUCGUGCGCAUCGUAUUGGACAAAAGAAGACGGUCAAUGUCUAUCGAUUAAUUACAAAAGGCACACUAGAAGAGAAGAUUAUGGGCUUAAUAUUGCUAAUUCCAUUGUUAAUCAACAAAAUUCCGGAUUGCAAAGUAUGGACACUGAACAAAUUCUUGAUUUGUUUAACGUAACCACAGAUAUUAGUAAAGGCGUUCAAAGUAAAAGUGCAUCAUUCACAAGCGAUGGAUCUGGUUUUGGAAAGGGAAAGAAAAUUACACCAAAGAACUUGGUUGAGGGAUUAGAAAAUUUAUGGGAUGACAAACAAUAUGAAGAUCUUAAUUUAGACAAUUUUAUUGAAUCUCUUAAUUCUGAACGUUAA